UCUCGUAGUAAUUUUACAUUUUUGUGUUAACUUUCAGCUUUGGCUCAAAGUAUCGCUCUACGCGUACUGGUAUAAUUUAUAACAACGAAAUGGACGACUUCUCCACUCCGGGUAAAAAGAACGCUUUUGGCGUGGAGCCCUCGGAGAGUAACUUUAUUGAGGCUUUUAAACGACCCAUGUCUUCAAUGUCCCCUACCAUAUUUCUGGACAAAGAAGGGGUUCCUCGUUUAGUGGUUGGGGCGUCGGGUGGCACGAAGAUAACAACUGCCAUAUCCCUGGUUGUGAUGAAUUACCUCUGGUUCAACCAAACUCUGUCACAAUCUGUCGUUGACCCCAGGCUCCAUCAUCAGUUACUUCCGAUGUACAUUCGUAUUGACGAAGAUUAUCCCAUGUCCCUCGCCAUCCAAGAAGGCCUACAGAGGCUUGGGCACGAGGUCAGGAACAAAACCGGUUACGCAGUCGUGCAGGCUGCAGCCACAAAUCCUGAUGGGAAACUUUACGGCAAAGCAGACCCUAGAAAGCGUUCCUGGGCCGCGGGAUUUUAAGGCAUUUGAAGAUCUGUAAAUGAUCUGUUUGUUAGUAAGUAGGUUGUCCCGUCUUAGAUAGGGUGAAAGGAGAUUUGUUUUAGUAUGUAAUAUGUCGUGAAAGCUAGGACAAUUUUCAGGCAACAGUCAUGCUGAGCUCACCAAAGUUACUAUUAAAGUAACAUAACGUUUACCGCUUAUACUUUUUUUUUGUUGAUGAUAGUGAUCGGAAUCUCUUAUUUAAUUUGAGAUGUUCCGUCACUGAAAUUCUAUCAAAACGGGAGUUUAAGGCUGGCAAUGAUAUUCCUGCGCUUAGUGGAAUGACUAAUUGAAUUUUUUUUAAAAAAUAAGCAAAUCAAUUGAUUUUUAAUUAAUUAGUAGAUAAUCAAUAAAUAAUUAGUAGAUAAGCAAUUAAUAUAUUGAUUUAAUUGGAAAAUCGCUUAGUUGAAUAACGAAUUGAUUUUUAAAUAAUUAAUAGAUAAUCAAUUAAUAUAUCGAUUUAAUUCGAAAAUCGCUUAGUGGAAUAGCUAAUUGAUUUUUAAAAAAUAAACAAAUUAAUUGUUGGUAGGUAAAUAAUUAAUGGAUAAUCAAUUAAUAUAUUGAUUUCUUUCGAAAUUGUUGCAGUUUACAUGAUCUGAUUUAGCUUACUUUAUUCCAAAGUGACACCCAGUAAAUGCACUAAUUAUUUCUAAUCCAAACAAACCUGAUAUGCUGCCGAAACGUAAGGUACGAUCAGUUUUUCAGCGACUUGAUAUCCAAACCAGGUGAUGGGCUCCUGUCCAAACUUAUAAGCCAUUAAAUAUUUUCGCUAGCGUGCGAUUGGUCUAAACGGAUCACGUGACUGAAGAGUCCCCAGCUAAAACUGGGGAACAUCCAGGUGAUAUUCCCCAAAUUUCAAAACCACGCGUGUUGCGAAACCUAUUUGAAGGAUAAUAAACACAAAAGCCUCCAUUUGGCGCGAAAAUAUGCUCCGAUAUUUGUCCUUGGACAUUAUCUGUUCCUCGAGACUCACAAUUUUCCUCAAGCUACGCUCUCGGGAAAAUGUUCACUUCUCAAAACAGAUAAUAUCUGCGGAACAAAUAUCCGGGCAUAUUUCCGCGCCAAAUGGAGGCUAUUGUUUAUAUAUCAUGACAGUAGCAAUUUGCAAAGUGAGCAGUGAGACUUUCCUCAGUUUGGUACUUCGGCACCUAGCUGGUAGUGACUCCCUUACGUGGUUGUGUCUUAGUAUAAUACUACAGAGAUCAUUUUUUUCUUGUUAUAUUUCUCUCUCGACAUUGUAUGCUAACCGGAUUUUUGAAUUCAAAAAGGUGUGUUUUUUUGACAUCCUAAAACAAACGGUUGUACAUUUUUCGUUGAAGUAGUUGUGAAGAAAUUUUAAGAGAUAAUUUGUACAUCAUGCGGCUAAAAUUCUCUAGCAAACCUUUUGUUGUAUUUUCCACGCAUAUUGCAUCGACUUAGGACGCUUUACCUUCUUUUCCCACACGGUAGCGUUUUCUAUUUAGCAUCUUAGUUUUAUAUCAUUUAUCUUGACGAUAAAGGCCCGAGGUUAGCGUAUAAUAGUUUGUUCAACUAAUGAACCGGUGGCCUCUGAAUAAAGAAUAAUUAAAAAUUAAUAAAAUGCCUAAUUAUUUAAAACACUGAUUAAGUAUUAUCGCGAAUUUUGAUUUCCUUUUUGUAACAUUUUUUAACAUUUCGUGCGUUUUGCUGUUUAUAUCAGUUGCCCUUAAAAUGCGACUUUAACUAACAUAAGACUCCCAAUAGAACAGAAAUUUGUUCAAAACCCCAAUUCAGUUCUAAUCCCAACCAAUAAACGUUAAUCGGCACUUGUGCAACUGGCACUUGGAUUAAGCAAAUUUGAUGGCUCAAUAGUAAGACAAUAGCGUAUAGUUUUGAACUUCGAUUCUAAGACUCAAUGCCUCGCGUUUUGUGCUAUUAUUGUCUUUCUCCAUAAGACUUAUCCCAGUCCUCCAGUCGCAACUUCAAGCCUGGCGCACAAAACCUUGGGAGAAGUCAUGACUCCUCAGGGAGGCGGGGGUGUAUGACGAAUGCAAGACUAAGAUGUAGAGGGACUCUUUACUCACAGUGCGCUAACCCCGGGCACUAACUGUGACUCAACAUACGAUGAGUUAAAUUUACUUUUGUAUACUUCUUAGCUUGUAGCUGAAUGAAUGUAUAAUAAAUUCACGAAGAUUCUAGUCAGUAUUCA